GUGACCAGAAUAAAAACAGCAACACCAGACAUAGAGGAGGAAAAAAGCAAAGUGAUCCAUUGAACAAGAGUCUUUGCCCUCUCUUAAUUACAUUGAGUCUCAUAUCUUUUCCCCUUUUUCACAUUUUUUCCCCCACUCUUUAAGACUUUGGGCUUGUGGUAAUUAGGUAGAAGAGAAUAAAACCAGCUGAUCGGGAGAGGGGUGGUGCAUUUUGGAGCGAGAUGGCUAACAGAAACAUUCUGUUGCUCUUCUGUGGACUCUUCCUCUUAGCACUGAUUCAGCCCUCUCUUCAAGGAGGUGUGUAUGUACCAGCUGGUGCUGGGAUUGGACCAGGAGGCAGUGGACCAGGAACUGGAUUCUUUCCAGGGUCUGCUGGAGGAGUCCCUGCGGGCUAUAAACCAGCUAAAGCUGCAGGUUAUGGAGGUGGAGGGCGUGGUGUAGGCCCCGGUGGUUUGGUACCAGCAGGUGUUGGGCCUGGUGGCUUGGGCACUGGAGGACUGGGAGGACAAGGUGGAAAGGCCCCUAAACCAGGUUAUGGCAAUCUAGGAGGUGGUGGUCUGGGAACUGGAGGCCACGGAGGAGGUGGUUAUGGUGGAUAUGGUGGAGGUGCUGGGGGCUUUUUCCCAGGAGCUGGACAGAAGGCUGCCAAAAGAGGUGCCGGAGGCUCUCUGCUACCACAUGGAGGGACAGGAGGAGGUCCUGGAGGUACAGGAACUGGACCUGCAGUGCCCGCUGGAGCACCUGUUAUUCCUCAGACAGGCCUUCCAGGAGGGGCCGGUGGUGCUGGAAAGAAAGCUGCCAAAGUGCCAGGUGUCGAUGUGCCUGGACUUUACCAAGGUGGCCUGGUGCCAGGAAAAGGGUUUGGUGGACGUGGAGUCCUGCCUGGGGUGGCCACUGGCACCGACCUGAAUCCUAAAUCAAUCGGAGGGGGAGGACAAGGAGGUCCAGGAGCAGGAGGUCGCGGUUACGGUGGACCGAUGCAGCCAGGAGUGUUCCACGGAUACCCCCUCAAAUCACCCAAACUGCAAGGUGGCCAAGGAGCAAAACCUGGAGGUGGAAAAGUACCUUAUGGUUAUGGCAGCUUUGGUAAUGGUGGGGUUGGACUUCCAGGAGGACAAGUUGGAUCAAGGCCUGGUUAUCCUGUUGGAACUGGUGUGGGGCCCGGGGUCAUCUCACCUGCUCAGGCUAAAGCUGCCAAAUAUGGUUACGGUGGUGCUGGAGGUGUUGGUGGCACUGGUGGACUGUAUCCAGGGCAGGUGGCAGGAGCAGGAUAUGGAGCUGCGUCCAAGGCUGCUAAAUAUGGAAUACCAGGGGGUGUACCAGGAGGAGUACCAGGGGGUGUACCAGGAGGAGUACCAGGAGGAGUACCAGGAGGAGUACCGGGAGGAGUACCGGGAGGAGUACCGGGAGGAGUACCAGGAGGUGCACCAAUUGGAGUACCAGGAGGAGUUCCAGGAUUACCAGGGUUUGGUGGAUAUUUACCAGCAGCUAAAGCUGCUAAAUAUGGUCCAGGUGGUGCAGGGGUAGUUCCAGGUGGAGGAGCAAUUCCUGGAAGAGUCCCAUUUUUACCAGGAUAUGGAUCUUUGGCAGCCGGUGCUAAACCUCCGAAAUAUGGAGUCCCAGGAGCAGGCCUAGGAGGAGGCGGAGUUCCAGGGGGAGCAGGACAGGUACUUCCUGGUGUUGGCUAUGGUGGUUAUGGACCUGGAGCUGGAGUCAAACCCCCGAAGUAUGGCGUUCCAGGAGGAGCUGGAGCAGGGCUGGGAACUGGAGUACUGGGGGGAGGAGGAGGAGUACCAGGACAAGGAGGACAAUACUCUGCUGCUGCAAAAGCUGCUAAAUAUGGAGUGGCAGGAGGAGCUGGAGCAGGGUUAGGAACAGGAGCAGGGUUAGGAACAGGUGCAUUAGGAGUUCCUGGAGGACUAGGAGGCGGACAAUACUCUGCUGCUGCAAAAGCUGCUAAAUAUGGAGUGGCAGGAGGAGCUGGAGCAGGGUUAGGAACAGGAGCAGGGUUAGGAACAGGUGCAGGAGGAGUUCCUGGUGGACUAGGAGGUGGACAAUACUCUGCUGCUGCAAAAGCUGCUAAAUAUGGAGUGGCAGGAGGAGCUGGAGCAGGGUUAGGAACAGGAGGACUGGGAGGAGCAGGAGGAGUUCCUGGUGGACUAGGAGGGGGACAAUACUCUGCUGCCGCAAAAGCUGCGAAAUACGGUGUUACAGGAGGAGCUGGAGGGACAGGAGUUGUACACGGAGGGGUUGGGACUCAAGGAGGCGUCACUGGAACAGGACUUGCCGUGCCAGGAGCUACUCAAGGUACAGGUGUCAGUGUUGGUGCAGAUGGUUCUGUUGUUGUGAUACCAGGUGGAGCAGGUGUUCCUGGAAAACCAGCAAAGGAUAUAGGUCUCGCUGGAACCCCUCAACCAGAGCCCACGCCUAUUGCCGAAACUGGCAAGGCCCCAGAGGUCCCACAGCCCAGCGUUUCUGGUGGAAUUAUUCAGCCUAGCUCUGGCUCAAGUGUUGGUGGAGCAGGUGUCCCCUUACCCUCUGGUGUUGCCACUGGAGGCCAACAACCUGGGGGUAUUGGUGUCGGCACAGGAAGCAAAGCACCUAAACCAUACAAACCAGGCACUGGAGUAGGUGUCGGCCCAGGCGCAGGUGGCUAUCCCUAUGGUGGACCCUAUGGAGUCCCUUACGGUGCUGGUACCGGCACUGGACCCGGAGCUGCAACGCUUCCUGGAGCAAAGCCGUUAAAACCCCCGGUGACUGGAGCAGGAGGUGGAGUAGGAAUCCCACUGGCAGCAGGAGGUUAUCAAGGGGGAUACAGGCCAUAUCAUCAAGGUUAUGGCCAGGGUGGGUUGACGUAUCCCUCUGCAGUUGGACUGGGAGGAGGUGGUGGUGGAGCUAAAGCACCCAAACCAGGCUACGGCAAUCUUGGAGGUGGUGGAGGAUAUCAGCCAGGUGCGGUUCCUGUGGUACCUGGUUAUGGAGGAGGUUACGGAGGAGGUUACCCCCAACAGUACAACCAAGGUGGAUAUGUACCCGCCCCACUGACUCCUCAACAAGCUAAAGCAGCCAAGUACGGCCCAUUGCAGGCUUUCCUCGGUGGUGCAGGAGGAGGAGGAGGAGGAGGCAUCUACAGAGGUGGCGUCGCGGGAUGCCAGGGCAAAUACUGUGGGAGGAGGAAGUAGAGGAUCUCUUGAAAUCCAGAGUGACCUCGAGAAACCAUGGUGCUACUGCAUGAUCUAGAAUGUACAUUUUAUAUGCAAACAAACCCCAUUAGAAAUUAUGUAAAGAUGGGUUUUUUUUUUUACUUACUUGACUUCAAUGUCUGUUUUUAUACAAACCUACAAACCCACCGACCCCGAAUUUAUUCUGACGUGACGUAUGUUAUUGAUGGUGCCAUUAACCAUUAAUGUGGUCAAGUUAAUCAGCUUUAACUCCCAGUACUGCACCAGCCUACUCACAAUUCAAAGAGUGUGUUUGUGUCACAUGUUGUUGUUCUUGUGCAUAAAUGUGUGUGUGUGUGUGUGUGUGUGGGUGUUUGUGUGUGUGUGCAUAUUGGUUGUAUUGUUGUGCGAAAGACUGUCUGAACCAUCGGCUGGCAAUGUGACCUAUGAAUGAUUUCCCUUACGGUUUUAAUCCUAAAGCAAGGUGAACUGUCCGCUGUGUUACAGUCCUCACUGUCUCACCUCGCUGUGCAGAGCUUGUCACCUCUCUGACACGACACAAGGGUUGGGUCGGUCCGGGCUCGUCCAAAAACUGAUGAAAUCUGGCCAAUCUCAGCAUCGUUUCUGGCUCCCUGUCUUCUCCGCUGCUAUUUUUAGACCUGCUGGGUAUAAAGCAGCGGGAAUUGGGGCUCUGACCAACCCAUCUGCUCUCAGUAACUUUGCUGAUUCUGGUUGCUAUGCAGUUCAGUUUUCUCAGCAUUUUUAGUGUUGCCAGACUUGUGAUGUAUGAAGAGCAGUUUCUGCUCUGAGGAAGGGUAUGCUGAAGACAAUCAAAAAAGUGUUUGAUUCAUUAUGGGAUGUUUGAAAAAAGGGAAAGGAGUGUUGCCUUUUAGCUCCAAGUAGAUUCAAAUGUAUUUCAGAUACUGUGGCAUGUACAUUGUGUAUGUAUGAAUGUUUGAUGAUGUGUCACUGUCCUAAAGUCUGGGAUAGAGCGCUUUAGUCUGCUUCAAAUGUUUAGUCUCAUUGCAGCAGCUAUUUACAUUUAUGUAACUUGUGAUUAUUCAAGACUUUUUGCACCAUGCUUUGACUCAUAGCUUUAUUGUUAUCAGGAACGUGUGAACAUAAAACAAAAACUUUCCUUCUGCAUUUAUUCACUGUUUAGAAUUGUAAUACAGAAUAAGACUUUGUUUAAUGGCUGUGUUUAUGUGAGGCACAAGCUCCCAUUGUUCUUCAUUUACUUGAGCUGCUUUUAAAAAUGGCUUACUGACCAAAGGUUCAUGAGCGCUGUUGCCAAGUGACCCCAUCUCUUUCUGUAAUUGUGUACUGUAUGUUGUACUAAUUUGAUGUUAGCUGGCUUCAGUUCCUCCACUCUGUGCUGAGUAAGGAAUGUCCGUGAGCCUCGCUGGGUCAGACCUUGUCUUAUGUGCCGUGGGAUACUCUUCAUCUUUAUUUAAAACUGUUUUUAUAAGGAGGAACAGUGUGGUUUUGCACUUUUUAUAUUUCCACGACACACAUGUGACUUGUUCCCGGAUAUCCCGGCAUUUUUAUUUGCUUCAUUAAAUAACAAAAUAAAAUGUGUUAAAAGAA